CGGACGUUAUUACAAAACGGACCCUGAUAAAACAUGGCGGCGCCUGCAGUUAGCUAACUCCUCUCAGUUACACAAGUGAAGAACAAAACAAUUUAUGAGCAUGACUUUGAUGUGAAAACAUGGGCGUUGCGAGGCACGUCGUGUGCGCCAUGUCUGGCGGCGUCGACAGCUCUGUCGCUGCGCUGCUACUGAAGAGGAGAGGCUUCAGUGUAACGGGGGUCUUCAUGAAGAACUGGGACUCUCUGGACGAGAGAGGAGUGUGCACUACAGAGAGGGACUGUGAGGACGCCCACAGAGUGUGUCGCACCCUGGACGUGCCCUUCCAUCAGGUGUCCUUCGUCAAAGAGUAUUGGCAUGAGGUUUUCAGUUAUCUGUUGAAAGAGUAUGAGAGGGGCAGGACACCCAAUCCAGAUAUACUAUGCAACAAGCUCAUCAAAUUCAACCAUUUCCACAAGUAUGCCAUCAACACUCUGGGUGCGGAUGCCAUGGCAACAGGCCACUACGCCAGGACGUCGCAGGAAGACGAAGAUGUUUUCCAGCAGACACACGUAGCUCCGCCUACGACGCUCUUCAGAGAUCGUUUCGAGAUCAGGAAUCCGGUGAGGUUGUACCAAGGAGCAGAUCUCUUCAAAGACCAAACAUUCUUCCUCAGUCAGAUCUCUCAGGACGCCCUGCGACAAGCCAUGUUCCCCCUCGCCGGACUCACCAAGGAGUUUGUCAAGAAGAUUGCUGCCGAAGCAGGACUUCACCACGUUCUGCAGAAGAAAGAGAGCAUGGGCAUUUGCUUCAUCGGUGAGAGAAACUUUGAAAACUUCAUUUUGGAGUAUAUAGAGCCUGAACCAGGGAACUUUGUCUCCAUUGAAGACGGGACAGUAAUGGGAACACACAAAGGCUGGUUCACUCUGACACUGGGCCAGCGGGCGAAGAUAGGAGGGCAGAGAGACCCCUGGUUUGUGGUGGACAAAGACAUUGCAACAGGAGAUGUGUUAGUGGCUCCAACGACCAAUCACCCAGCUCUGUUCCGUGACACGGUGCGGACGGACCGCUUCCACUGGCUAACAGUAGACCCGCCUCCGGAACUGGCCCGGACCCAGAUGAUGGAUUGUCACUUCCGCUUCAUCCACCAGAUGCCCCUCACUCCCUGCACCGUAACUCUGAACAUGGACGGCUCUGUUUGGAUCUCACUCUCGCAGCCAAUCAGAGCUCUGACUCCUGGACAGUUUGCCGUGCUCUACAAAGGAGACGAGUGUCUGGGUAGUGGCAAGAUCACCCAGCUGGGGCCCAGCGAAUACACACUCCAGCAGGGCCGAGAGCGGUGGGCAGCAGCGGCGCGGCACACGGAGCAGCCCACCCCCGAAACGACCAGCUGAGAUGACCCCACAGCCCGGCUGCAAUGGGAAUGCGGUCCAUCCGCCACAUUAGGUAGAGCAACACUGUUCAUGAAAACAGGCCCAAUGCCUCUCCUGGAGGCUGCAACGGAUCGUUGCUCAACUUUUACAUCUCAGUUAUGCUGAUGACACAAGAACAAAAGGGUUGAUAUUCGUAGCCUCCUCGUCAAUUGUCUGUUCUGAUAAACCAUCCACAUCCAAGCCCCUAAACUGGAGCUUCAAUAAGGGUUACAAACCUCAUUUUUAAAAGAAAUCCAGCUCUUAUUUUCACUUCUAACAUUCUCACAGCAUCUUUGUCAGGUACAGAACAAACUCAAGCUGCUCUUUGGAGAUUCUUUUUCUUCUUUUAAUGGUUCUGGUGGGAUUUGACUGUCAGUCAGCAAGGCUUCAUGUGGAUCCACAUAUGUGGGACAUGACUAUGACACGGUCCUGUGGAUUCAGACAAGUCUUGGAGUGAUAACACCUAUUAUAUUUUUGUUUAUUUGAAAUCCGAUUCAAACUUCCCUCCUCUCUUUUUCUCGCUGUCAACAAUGUCCAUCCUGCCUCUGAGCCAACUGCAAACCCCUACAUCUAUUAAAAAAAAAUUUAAUAUACGCAUUACGACUUUUAAACUCCAGCUCCGUCCACAUUUAACAUUUGAUGCUGGCGGUACAUUGGUGAUCAGUAUUAAUCGAUGACUGUUCUUUGAAUUGUUGUCUUUGUUUAUUCUUUGAUAAAUAAAUUUAUUUCUUAAGCAGAAACAAAGUACUCACUAGUCUCUUCACACUUUUCUCCUCUAAGGUUGAAUUAUAUUAAAAAGCCAGUUGAUGAUGAAUAUAGGAGAAAUAUUUGCCUAGAAACAUACGGGCAUAUGUGUCGGGCAUAUUUUGCGACGGUUACAAUGGAAACUAAAUACAAUGUAAUUGUUAAACUUGAUUUUUCUCACCUGUUUUAUAAUACUUAUCGAUUCCUUGUUUUAAAAUAUAAAAUUGUGCCUUUUCUGUU